UCUCUCUCUCUGCUUGUUCUUUCUAUGCUACAGUGUACAGAGACAGAUCAGGCAAACCAUGAUUAUAUAGAAAAAAUAAAGAUUGUAGUAAUAAUCAAAAGAGAAUUACCUUUCCGGGUUUGGUUUUUUCUUGUGUAUAAUCAAAUGCUUCCACCACUACUACUACUACUGCUGCCCAAGCCUCAUCCCUCACUGUAUUCUUGAAUUUUACACUCUGCUAUAGUACUUCUUGUUUGGCUAAAAACACACACUUCACUUCUAUUGCUCCAUAUUUGCAUUUCUGAGUGAUAGUGUUCUGGGAGUUGAUGUCGAAACCCUUAGAGGAGCAUGAUUACAUAGGCCUAUCAGAGUCCCCUUCAAUGGAGACCUCUGAGAAGAGCUGUGUUUCCUCAGUGGAGAGUGAGAGGAAAGGCAAAGAUUUGAACUUGAAGGCUACUGAGCUGAGGUUGGGGUUGCCCGGUUCUGAGUCCCCAGAGAGGGAUAAUGGGCCAGUGGGUGUUUUGAGGGCCAAGAGGGGCUUCUCAGACACCAUCAAUGGUGGUUCUGGGAAGUGGGUUUUCCCUGGGAGUGGUGGAUCUGAGGCUGAUAUCCCCAAAGGUGCUGCCUUGUUCUCUCCUAGGGGUGUCAAUGGUGCUGCCAAGAUUCUUUGCCCUGCAGAGAAUACCACCCACCAGUCUGACGUGGCUUCCAAAGAAUCUUCUCUGCCAUCCCCAACCCCAACUCAAGACCAAAAGCCUCAGCUUUCUUCUGCACCUAACCAUGGGGUUGCUCCUGCUGCAAAGGCCCAGGUGGUUGGAUGGCCCCCAAUUCGAUCAUAUCGGAAGAAUUCAAUGGCUGCUAAUCCUCCCAAGACCAAGGAAGAUUCAAAUGGAAACUUGGGAUUAAGUUGUGUCUAUGUCAAAGUCAGCAUGGAUGGCGCCCCUUACUUGAGGAAAGUCGACCUCAAGAACUAUAACAGCUAUAAGGAUCUGUCUGUGGCCCUGGAGAAAAUGUUCAGCUGCUUUACAAUUGAAUAUGUUCUUACCUUCGAAGACAAGGAUGGUGAUUGGAUGCUCGUUGGCGAUCUCCCAUGGGAGAUGUUCGUGGAUGCUUGCAAGCGCCUAAGGAUCACAAAAAGUUCAGAUGCAAUCGGCCUAGCUCCUCGAGCCAUGGAGAAGUGCAAAAACCGCUAGAGAUGAAGUGGUCGAUCUGAGUGCAAGCAAACUGAGAUCAUAAAAUGGAUGCUUGAUCAUCUGCAUAUCAAGUCAACCAUCCACCUGGUGUUUUGUCUGUGCCCAAAACAAAAUUCUAGUGAACUAAUAAAUAGAUGUAUUCAUAAUUAUUCUAAGCUCUUUAUAGGCUUUAAUUGCUGUGUUUAUUUUCCUGUAUUCUUAUUUCUUUGGUAAGUGGACUGGACACUACUAUUAUUAGUAUUAUACAUUGUAAAUCAGUGAUAUUAUGCCUUACUUCUGUAACUCUCCUUGUUGUUCUGCCACAAAAAGGCACAAUGUUAUAUUAGUUCUGCA